GGAUUGACGAGGGAACAGAUGCUUCAGCUUCCCACUGGUCCAAGACAACGCUCUGAGGAUGAAAUGCAACCUGGUCGUCUCGGUGGUGGAUUCUCUAGUUACGGUGGAGGAAGGUCUAGUGGACCUCCGGGAAGAAUGUCACGAGAUCGAGAUGAUUCUGAUGGGUCUUGGGGCGGUGGUGGUGGUGGUGGUAGGAGAUCUUAUGGCGGAUUUGACGAUGAUCAGAGGGGAUCUAAUUCUAGGGUUUCUGAUUUCCCACAAGUGUCUAGGGCUGAUGAGGAUGAUGAUUGGGGAAAAGGAAAGAAAUCGCUUCCUUCCUUUGAUCAAGGACGUCAAGGUGGUCGUUAUGGUGGUCUCGGUGGCGCUGGUGCUGGCGGUAGCGGCGGCAGUUAUGGUGGCGGAGGUGGUAGCGGUGGCAGUUAUGGUGGUGGAGGAGGUGGCUUCUCUAAAGCUGACGAGGUUGAUAAUUGGGGAGCAGGUAAAGCAAAAGCAUCUACAUUUGGGUCGGGUUACCGUGACUCUGGACCGGAGCCUGAUCGAUGGGCACGAGGAGUUCUCCCUUCCGGAGGUGUUCAGGAGGAGCGUCGUCGUCUUGUUUUGGAGCCACGUAAAGUUGAUACAGGAGUGACUGAAACUGAAACUGAAACUGAAACUGAAACUGAAACGGAAACAGCUGUGAAGACUAGUAAGCCGAGUCCAUUUGGCGCAGCUAGACCAAGAGAGCAAGUUUUGGCGGAGAAAGGAUUGGACUGGAAGAAAAUUGACUCUGAGAUUGAGGCCAAGAAGGGACAAACGAGCAGACCAUCUAGCGCACAAUCUAGUCGACCAUCAAGUGCUCAAUCUAACAGGUCUGAGAGUACAGCACUGAACAAUGUGGAGAAUGUGGUGAAACCGAGACCAAAGGUGAAUCCUUUUGGCGAUGCAAAGCCUAGGGAAGUAUUGCUCGAAGAACAAGGGAAAGAUUGGCGCAAGAUGGAUUCUGAACUCGAGCAUCGCAGGGUUGACAGGCCUGAAACAGAAGAAGAGAGAAUGUUGAAGGAAGAGAUUGAAGAAUUAAGGAAGAAACUCGAGAAGGAAGCAGCCAUCGCACCUGAGAGCAAGGAAUCUCAACCAGAAGCCGAAAAUAACAACCAUAAUCUACCGGAUCUUAUACGUGAGAAAGAAAAGGACCUGGACUUACUGAUCCGUGAGUUGGACGACAAAGUCAGGUUUAGGCCAAGAGCAGUCGAGAGACCUGGAUCCAGUGCAAGCAGAACUUCCUAUUCAGAAAGACCUCACUCACGGGCUGGAUCAAUUGAUGAGUCUAGGAAUGCCGAUUCCAUGGAAAGACCUCGAUCACGUGGCACAGGUGAUAAUUGGCCAAGACAAGGAGAUGAUCGAAGAAACUUCCAAGGAAGCAAGGAACGUGGAUUCUUCAGCAACAGAAACUUUGACAGUUUUGGCGGAGAAAGGAUUGGACUGGAAGAAAAUUGA